AUGUACGUGGAUAGUUUCAGGAACACAUUUUUUGUUGACGUUUUAGAGUAUUUCGGCUGGACCAAAGCUUUCAAUGACAUGGCGAUGGUUGAUCCAAACCUGAGGGCCAGUUCUGACUUAGAGGCCUUGAAGGGAUCAGCUCCCAGUGAGAGCUCGGUGAGUUCUGAGAAUAUCGAGGUCGAGGUCGAGGCCGAAGAGAAAGAGAAAGAGAUAGCAACUGCAAAGGAUCCAUUUUUGGUUGAAUUUUCAGGGCCCGAUGACCCAGAGCACCCUCACAACUGGCCCACUUGGAAAAGAACUUUGGUUAUCGCCGAGGUGAUGCUGCUUACGACGGUCACUUACAUGGGCUCUGCGAUCUAUACGCCGGGCCAGGAACAGAUUCAGAAGGAAUUCGGCGUUGGUCAUGUUGUUGGAACGCUGAAUCUUUCGAUGUACGUCUUGGGUUAUGGUUUGGGUCCAGUAAUAUUCUCGCCUCUUUCAGAGUUUGCAAAGAUCGGAAGACAGCCACUGUAUAUUCUGACGUUUUUCGGUUUUGCGAUGUUGCAAAUCGGUUGUGCUUUGGUGGAUAAUAUCGCAGGGCUGGUCAUUCUACGUUUUAUCACAGGUGUGCUGUGUUCUCCCUCGUUGUCCACUGGUGGUGCGACUGUCGGGGACACUGUGAAGCCUGAUCUCGUUCCUGUUUUCAUCGGGUUGUGGUCUGUUGGUGCUGUCUCGGCUCCAGUACUUGGUCCUUUGCUUGGAGCUGCUAUGGUUGAUGCUAAGAAUUGGAGAUGGAUUUUCUGGCUAUUGAUGUGGCUUGCCUCUGCCUUAUUAAUCGUUCUGGUUCUCUUCUUCCCCGAGACUAGCGAAGAGUCAAUCCUGUACCGCCGUGCUACUAGGUUGAGAAAAAUCACUGGUGAUGACAGAUACUAUACUGCAAAGGCUAGAAGCGAAGAUGAAUUGAGUAUCAAAGAAGUUGCAGUCAUUGCUCUUUACAGACCUUUUAAGAUCAUUAUCAAGGAGCCAAUUGUGCUGGCGUUGGAUCUCUAUAUCGCCCUUUGUUAUGGUACGUUCUACCUAUUUUUCGAGGCUUUUCCUAUCGUCUUUAUUGGAAUCUACAAUUUUACGCUUGUUGAGGUGGGUCUUGCCUAUAUGGGCUUCUGCGUUGGUUGUGUUAUUGCCUAUGGAAUCUGCCUCAUCUUUUUGUCUCAAUACGUAGCCAAGAAAGCGGCUCGCAAUGAGUUUUCACCUGAACUGUUCAUGGUCCUUGCUAUGUGGGUAUGUUUUUCCCUGCCUCUCUCGUUGUUCCUCUUUGGUUGGGCUGCAAGUGUUCAUUGGAUUCUUCCCAUUAUUGCAGAGGUUUUCUUUGUCAUUGCUGUUUUCAAUCUGUUCCAGGCCACCUUCGCUUACCUUGCUAUUUCCUAUCCAAAAUAUGUGGCCUCCGUCUUUGCUGGAAACGGUGUUUGUCGUGCAGGGUUUGCCUGUGCAUUCCCUCUGUUCGGUAAAGCGAUGUACGAUAACUUGGCAAUCGAUGGUUAUCCAGUGGCGUGGGGAUCAUCUCUGCUAGGAUUUUUCUCCAUUGCUUUGGCUGCGAUCCCAUUCCUACUCUACAAGUGGGGUCCUUACCUCCGUAGCAAAUCUUCGUUCACCGACUAA